AUGAAUGACAGCCUAUUUGUCAGCUUGGACAGACUUUUGCUAGAAUUCGUUUUUCAGUAUGAGCAAGAUAUAAGUACUAAAGAAGACAUGAUUCAACGAAUUAAUAAAAGCUUUGAUGAUAUUAAACAAAAUAAAGCAACUAUUUGUAAGAUACAGGAAACUAUAAAUACAACAGAUGAGGAAAUUGGUUAUUACUGUAAACAUAGUAAGGAAAUCAAAGACAACUGUAGUAACUGGAAGCCAACAUGUGACGUUUUUCAUAAACAUGAAGAUUAUAUGCAGGACCGAUUUACUAGUUAUCAAGAAACAAUUGAAAAAGACAAAAAAAUGUACCAUGGUUACGUAUGUCAGUAUAAAGAUGUUUUGAAGCAAUACAAACUAAAAUACUCAGAAACACCUCUUGCACGUGAAUAUUAUGAGAAGAAAAGAGAACAUGAAGAAAUUCAAAAGAGAGUAUUGACAUGUACUGAACAACUAAAAAUGAAUGAAACUAUUUUUAUGGAAUUUCUAGUGCCUGCUCCCUUUCCAUCACUUACUAAAUGGACAUUACAUAUGGUUAAUUUGAGAUAUAAAACACAAGAUAUUCUUAGACAUGCCAACAACUUUUCCAAAAUUUCAUGUGAAUUGAAGAAAGAAGUAGAUGAAGUGGAAAUGGAAAUUAAUUAUUUAAACAAGCAGAUUGGAAGACUUUGUGAAACUAAGAAUCUUUCAGAAACUCUGGAAGAAAAAGCUAAAAAUAUAGAAAAAAGAAAGGAAUUGAAAGAAAGAAUUUUUGAAAAAGAUGAACAACACGCAUUGAAUAAAACCUCUCAGAAAAGUCAAUUAUCUCUUCCAAAUGAAUAUCAGAAAUUAGUCAGACCAAUAAAUAUUUUAUCUUCAGAACAAAGAGUUAUAGAUAAAAAAGAAGACAAUUUUGUGAAGCAGUCAAAGCUUCCUAAUGUUGACUUCAAACAGAAAGAAAACAAUAUACAGGUAUUUAAUGACUCUGCUAUGAAUAACCAUUCAAAAUGUUCCCAUGUUACGGCUGUUAAAAGUUCACAGAAUUUUAUGCAGUUCAGAUUGUUAACUCCACAGAAACAGUCAAAUUUCUAUCAAUGGAUUGAAAAAGGAGAUACAGAUGCUGGGACAGAUGGAGGUAAAGGGACAGUAGGACAAGUGAAAGAAUUAAAAUGUACUUCACAAGUUAUAUCUGAAGAACAUUGUGUGAAGCCAGUAGAAAAUAAUGAUGAAAUAGAAGAAGGGGCUGAGAAUUUUUCACGAACUCCUGAAAUUCCUUUAUUUUUAAGAACUCCUGAAGCUGUGAAAACACCUGAAUCUCUGGAUAAAUUACUGUUCCCUAAAACACCCCCAUUUGAAAUUGAUUUCUUAUUUCUCUGUAACAGAAACAGAAGUACUGUGCCUGAAGAUCAGACACAAAAGGAAUCCCCAGGGACUUCUUUUCUUAUGAGUUAUACUUCUAGAUCACCUGGAUUGAAUUUAUUUGAUUCUUCUCUAUUUAAUUCAGAAAUCUCAUCUGAUAAGUUUAAUGAACACUGUUCUGCAGGAAAUUUAAAUCCUCUCUCAUCACAACAAGAAGUUGGAAACUUAUUUGGGAAACCAGAAGGAGAAGAUGCCUUUACAUUUUCUUUUCCAUCAGAUUCUUCAACUCAUACUUUUGGAGCUGGAAAAGAUGAUUUCAGUUUUCCAUUUUCAUUUGAACAGGAUCAAAACUCAACACCUCCUUCUUCUGUAAAAGGUUUUUCAUCUUCCUCACAAAAUACAACUCAGUUUACUUUUUUUUGA